AUGUCCAAACGAGCGGCAUCUGAGUCUCAUGAUGACGAACCUACCUCGAAACGCAUCAGGAAUCAUGAAGGGACGAGAGCGCCAUCACCGCUGGCAGAUCACGGUGCAUGGCGCAUUCUGGAGCAGUACCUCACUACUGAUAUGACCUACCCUCAGAUGGAGGCGGCUUUUGCCUCGUACUUGGGCAAUCGAUACGACGCAGAUGAUUGGAAAGAAGCUCGCGACGCGUUGUUCUCCGGCGACGAUGAUAACUGCCUCGCCUUAGCAAAUCUUCUCGCCUUGAAGGCCAGGCAUAUACCCCAGGGCGCCUCCAGUACAUCGACAGUCGUUACCCUGCGGAAAGAUUCUGCAAUAUCUACGGCUGCCCCGAAGGCAGCGGUUCGCUUGAAAAGCGCACGCGUCCGAAGACCAAAAAAUCCCUUUAUCGACGAUGAGGCAUCUGAUGACGAUGACGAUGAUGUUGAGGAGGAGGAGGAGGAGGAGGAGGGGGGAAAGCUCGCAGGACCUUCAUCGGCCAAGGAUAAGCUAUCCGCAGCGAUCGAUCACAUCUUUGACAGGUACGAAAACGCCCCAAGCACCAGUCAUAGAGCGGUCUCGUCCUCCGGCGCGGUCCCAAGCAGGAUGUACCUUCUCCAUGUUCACAGAUCUGCCACGCAACGUGUCGCUGAACAUCUCAGGAGCAAUGGAGUAGCGGUUACCGUAUCGCCUUGGAUACCAGGCCAGCUCUAUGCUGUCUCAGAUAGCCCUAGAACGAUUGCGACAACGCUUAAUUUACUCUCUUCCUCCGUGAAAGAUUAUACUCACAUCUCGGAGGAAGAACGAGCAGCGGUCGAACGUUCACGCUCUACACUUCCCAACCCCGGGUGGGUGAAGAUCACACAGGGAAAAUACAAGGGCGACAUCGGCUAUGUCUUCGACCCCAAACAAUUAAACGACUUCGUCACAGUAUUGAUUCCCCCACGCGACUUCCCCUACGACAUGCCUAAGAGAUCUGUGGCGCUGCUCGACCGAGCUCGCCUGCCGAAUGACAAAACAGUGUCUGACAUUCUUCAGGAUGAUAAAGUCGUGGGAUGGUCGUACAAAGGAGAACGAUACUACAUGGGACUUUUGCUGAAGAACUUUCGCCGCGACGGUCUGGAGCUGGUCGCCUCCCCUCAUGCUAACGACAUUCGACUACAUCUCCAGUCCGGGUGGGAUGUACCUUUCUUCAAGAAAACUCUGAAGACCUUCUCACUGCAGUUCUUGCGCGUUGGUGAUUCGGCCAGGCCUAUCACAGGAGAAGUCUGUCAAGAAAUUGGCACGGUCGUUUCGACAAACCAUGCGUCUGGCUCCGCAUGCUUAAAGUUCAUCCUCGAUGGGCAUGGGCAAGAACUGGAAUUUCGACUCCAGGACAUUGAGCGUGUCUUUUGGGUUGGCGACACGGUUCGAGUCGUAGCGGGCGCUUACGCAGGUCUGGAAGGGCACAUCAUUAAGAAGUCUGAGGACUUGUUUCACGUAUGUCAAGAAGCCACCAAUGAAGAGGUGGAAGUAUCGAAGUACUAUCUAGAUCGUCGUCCUCUAACUCACGUUCUUCAAUCCCGGCUGCCAAUGCAGCCAGAUUUCGACCCUCUCCCCGAGCCCGAAUCUCUUCAAAUCGGGGACGAGAUAGAAGUAUGUGCGGGAGAGUACAUGGGGAAAUGCGGGAAUGUGGUGUGGUUUCCUAUUGGGGGGACUACGCUGUGGUUCCGAGCUGAGGGCAAUAUCGAGGAUGAGUUGAUCAACGCCCCCACAGCAUUUGUACAGCGCAUUCGUCCCUUCAAGACUCUCCAAUUUACCAAGGAAAGGGGUUAUGAUGUUAAGCCCGGAGACGUCGUGAUUGUCGCCCGUGGGCCAGAGUUCCAGACAAAAGGGGUGGUGCAAGCCGUGGACUUCGCAAAUGCGCGCCUGACCCUGAUUUCUGAGGGCGAUUACUCACUCGUUAACGUUCCUAUUGGAUUUGCCAUGAAAUUAUCCAACGUGAACCCGGAUUCAUUUCGCGACAUCAUCGGUAAAGAAGUCUUUAUCAUCGGAGGUGCACGGAAGGGCUACCGAGCCACGCUAUACCAACUCGCUCAUGAUUCCUGCUCCGUUUCUGUGCAUGGGCAAGCGCGCACUACGGUUAAACGCGAGGACGUUGCUACUAGAUACGGAAUGAGGUUAAACGGUGCAAUACUCGAAGGUCCGGACAUGAUCUCCUUCUGCGAGAUGCAGAAAAAAUCGUACAUCAUGCCGCCAUGUCGAAGCAAGACCCCUCCACCUGAUCCCGUAGUCCCAUCCAGUUCUAGUAUGGAUCCCAGCUCCAGCGAGUGGUCCAACUGGUCCAGCCAUAACAACCAUGAUUCGGCGGAUGGCCUUGGUGUCAAGACAUACGACCCCUGGGUUGCUACUAAUGCAGAGGACAUCGAGGACGCCAUCGCAGAUAUAAAGGAGAAGUCCCGAAACGGCAGCCCGUUACCUUGGUUGAUGAACAAGGAGUUUGCGUUGAAGUUGACUCGUCAUCACGUGGUGCUUAAAGUAUCACCAAGUUUCAUGGGAGGCAGACUGCAUAAUCGCUUCGUAUCUACGGCCUGUCCUGACCCGUUCUGCGGUGAGAAUGGACCCGCACCUGAUGGCUGCGUCGCGGUAUUUUGUACAUCUAACGGUGCCGGAGCCGCGCUUCAGCACUAUCACAUCCCCGUCAGUGAUCUUAGUCCAGCUCCACCGCGCAAAAAAAAACCAAAAGUGUCUCGUCCUGGAUGGCGACACUCGUGGUGA